UUGGGGCCACAGGCCAAACAAGUGUCCUCAGGGUUAACUAUCAAUUUAAAUGUUUCUCCUGUUGGGCCAUGAACUACGACCUUGGGUGGAUUUCUCAGAGCUAGUUCUGUCAAGGCGGAUGUAUUGUUGUUUUUUAAGAGGGAGACAUUUGAUACGUGGGCAGAGAGCUUGGAGGCAGGGGGAGGUGUCCAUGUCAGUGUGAUCCAGAUGUUUUGAUUGACAACCAAAUAAGAUUAUAUUAAUAAUACAAUAAUAUCCAGAAAACAUGAAGACGGUGCUGCUCAGCCCUUUACUGAAGAUCUCCUUUUCCUGCCCGCUCAAACAUGGAUGUUGGAGUAACCAAUCGGCAACGUCACAACCCCGUAGACAGUAUCUGUCGCAAGCUGCAGACCAUUCAGCGGCAAGAUCAUAAGACUAACCCCACCUCACCCUUCCAGAUCCCCAAGUUCACAUCCAGCAGCUAUAACAGCCCCCAGUACAGCCUGCGCCGCAACCUUGAACCGAUCCUAAAGAAGCGUGAGGUUGAAGAGAUGUUGACACCCAAAGGGUCACCUCAGCUUUCCAGAAGUUCGCACUGUCCCACACCAAGGUUAACUCCCUUUACCCCUGCCAUGAACACCCCCAACCAUGUCAGUACAACUUUCACUGUCACCAGUACUCUCGGGGAGCGGAGGGGUGUGGGGGUUGGCAUGGGAGUGGAAGGACAAGGAAAAGGGUGGCAGAGGACAUGUUCCACACCAGCAUUCCAGACUGGGGAGUCUUAUUUCAGCUUCUCCCGUGGUUCCCAGUUUACUCAGCCUGAAGCGGGUACGGAGGCAGGGUCAGAGAGGCACAGGGCCUCGUCUCUGUUUCACAUGCACUCGCCCGGGCGUGGCAUAACGUCCUACAACGUCAACUUUUGCCCAUCAGACUCCACAGCCGACCUGUUGGAGUGUGAGCUUCCUUACCCGGCCCUGGUGGUUAAAAGGCUGUCCUUGGGAGACGGAGCCAUGUUCUCCCCUGAGAACCGGAAGGAGACACUGGCCGAGGUCAGUCUGAUCUGUGAGGAGGAUCUGCUCGACACCAUCUUCCACGCCUGUGACACCCAGCGCCGAGGUAAGGUGUACGUGUCUUGCAUUGUGGACUACCUGCGCCACACCACCAGCCGCGGUUCCGAGGACAGCGGACUGGAAGAGCUGUGUAACAUGCUGGAUCCAGAACGCAAGGACGUUUCCAUAGACCUGGACACCUACCACGCCAUUAUGAAGGAGUGGAUUGACGACUGCAGGAAUAAUGGGGACGACACUCCAGAAGAGCUGACACAGGAGUCUGUCAAACUCAGAGACGGCCUUUCAGCUAAGAGGUCUGUCCUUUUGAAUAUGACCUCCGGCAGCUUGGAGGCCUUUGGAGGGGAGGUUUCUCGAGCAGAUCUUGAGACAUCUGACCUGGUGUACUGUGUGGCUGACCUGCAGUUUAGUAAUCAGAAACUUCAGGAGGAGGUGAGGAAGCUGAAGCAAACCGUUGAGACUUUGGAUGAAAACAACCAGAAACUAGCAGAAGAGAACACAGAGCUCAAGUCACAGGCCAGAAUAAGCCAACAGCUGGCCCAGAAGGAGAAGAUGUUAAAGGAGGAGGUGGAUGAGAUGAAGAUGACUUUGAGUUGUACUGAGGAAGGCCGGGCCAGGGCCUCGGCUCAGAACAAACAGAUGGAGAAAGAGAACCAGAGUCUGAUUGCAAAUAUAAGCGCUCUUCAGGAGGAGAACAUUAAGAUCUCAAUGGAGAUGGAUGACCUCCAGAAGAGAAUGAUUAAAUUGUGUGACCUGAACGCAGGACUGCAGGUCCAAAACCUUUCCUUGGAUGCUGUCUUGAGCGAAAAGGAGUCCCUUAUACUCCUGAAGAGCAGACAGAUAGAUGAGUUGAAGGCUGCAGUUGAGGAAUACUCAUCAGUGACAGAGCUGUUAAGAGCAGACAAAUCCAAGCUGGAGAGCCAGAUGCACUUGAUCCACCCGGAGAGGGCAGCUGAAGGUAUCUCCCUGUCGGUGGCAUACAGAUUGAACGAGAACACGUCAGGAUCCCUGCAGACAGAACUAGCCCUUGCUCAAACACCUAUGGAGGGUGUGCUGAGUGUACCCUCGCUGAGCUUUUCAUCACCACUUGAUGAGACUCUGGACAGGGAGGUGUUAUUGUUGCUGCAGGGGCCGGCGCCUGAACAGAUGUCCCUGGAGUUCAAGAGCCUCAUAAACCAAAUGAAGAGAGACUUUAAGGACGAUCAUGUCUCCAUUUUGUCAACACUUCGAGGUCUUCUAGACUACUCUGCAGGACCAGAGGCUAGCGACCACCCCAAGCUGGAGAGGGUGCAGUGCGAACUGGAUCAGAGGAGGACAGACUGGGCCCUUAGCCUGGAACGGUUGGACCACUACACCGACUCCCUGGAGAAAGAACUUGUCAAGAUGGCUAGCAACCUGAGGAGGUCGCGCACUGAGUUAGUGCACCUCUCUGUGAGGGUUCAGGAGCAGGAGAACCAGAAGCAACAACUGCAGGAGGAGUUGGAGCAGCUGAAGACACCAGGGGACAGUAGGGAGGCCAGAUGCCAGACCCCCAACCAAGAACCGCAGGACGGGGAGGACCUGGACUGGGAUGAGGAGUUCGUCCUCCAAGACUUCUUGAAGAACGAGAGCAGGGAGAGGGAGACGUACCGGGACUUCAAGAGCCAGGAGACUGCACCGAUGGAGGGGAGGGCGGAGGAGGACGGACUCACGGAGAGGGGGGACCAGCCUGGGGAGGGGGAGGAGGUGGGGGAGAGGUGGACCGUGUUGGGGGGAGAAGGACAGGAGGGGGGAGUGAGGAGAAUUUCUCCUCUCCCUGAGGGGAUGGAGCCAGACCGAGCCGAGGGAGGCGUCUUGAGAGAAACCACCGCUUCCACGGACAGUGAUUGGAGGUUGAACAGUCUGUCCCCACAGGACGCCAAACUAACAGAAUGCUCUGGGGUUGAAGACGCCCACCAACAGGCUGUCAAGAACGAGGAGUAUCCGCUGCCUCCCUCCCACGUUUCUCUCUUGGAUGCAAAGAGCCUUGGGACCACAGUUCCCCUUCAAGACACUGCUCAGCCUGGCCUGUCUGAGAUGGUAUCCUCCAGCUCUACUUCCCCUGUGAUGGAUCAGACCAUUUUACUCACUAGCAGGCCCCAGCAGACGAACAGCAGUGAAGGAAGAAAAGAGGACGACCACUAUUUGGCCAAUAUGAGUGAUGCUCAGAAGCUAACCCAGGACCAGCCGGCUGAGCAGGCAUCAACGGGGGACAGUACAAGCCUGUUGCCAGUACUGGAGGAAGAGGAGGAAGGAGCCCAGGAGUCAGAGGCACAGGUUUCUCCAGCGGAGGUGGACCUGGCAGAAACUGUGUCAGGGGACAAAGGCUCUCCUCAGACCAUGGAUGGACUGUCCGUUACGUCCGCUGACCAAUCGCAGGGCACCGAGGACGCUAGGAUCCCUGACUUGUCCGGAGCCAAAACGGACUCUUUGAUUCUCCGGAACAAAUUCAAGAAAGAAUUGGAGCUGUCUCACAGUAUGGAGGUCAUAGAAGAGGGGAAGAUACAGGAGAACUUGAGUGAAAGCAGUAUGACUACAGAGAAGGACGCUGAAUCCUCCUUUGUCUCUGAGGAUUCAACUACAGAUGACAGAAACAGCCUGUCCCCAAAUGAAAAAGAGAUUGAGGUAGUGACCGAAUUUCAACGCCUGUCCCUGGGCUUUAAGUGUGACAUGUUCACCUUAGAGAAGAGGCUGAGGCUGGAGGAGAGGUCACGCGACCUGGCUGAGGAGAAUGUCCGGAGGGAAGUGUCCAGCUGCCAGGGGCUUCUACAGGCCCUGACACCACUGUGUGAAGAUGAUAACCAGUCCAUGGAAAUCAUCCAGAGGCUUCAGAAGAACCUGGACAUACUCAUUCAGUCCAUGGCUAGAGUUUCAAGUCGCUCUGAGAUGCUGGGUGCCAUACACCAGGAGUCUCGUAUAGGCAAGGCGGUGGAGAUCAUGAUCCAGCACGUUGAGAACCUUAGGAGAAUGUACACCAAGGAACAUGCUGAGCUGACCGAGCUGAGAGAGACUGUGAUGCAGAACGAGAGGUCUUUUGGAUCCCUGUCUGGAGGGGCCCAUUCAGAUGAUUUCAGAGUCAAGACUCCGUCUGGAGGAUCAUACUAUAAGCCACCAUCUCGGCGGGUUAGCAUAGCUGCUAUACCCCGAUGCGCUGGGAGUGGACCCACCCACUUCGACAUUUCUAAUAAAGUCCAGGACAGCAUGGAGACAGAUGUAGAGAGACUCACUCGCCGAUCUCCCUGGAGUGUGACAGGAAAGAACACGAUGCGUCCUCCUCUGAAACGUUUCGUCAGCUCUGGGGCUUGGGUUGAGACUGACGACCCCUCACUCAUGAUGAUGGGGCCUGCCCACAACACUGAAUCCCAUUCAGAGGAAGAGAGGAAGGAGGAGCCUAUGAGGAGGAAGUCCAGUCUCACUGAGCUGGGCAACCUAAUCACCGGCUUUAUCAUGCCCAACAAGAUUCCUGGUCCCUGUCAAAGCCUGGUGGAGCAAACCGCGGCGGCCCAGUGUUUGGGCUACCCUCCCCGACCCGUGGCCGUGUCCAGCGUGUCCCGAGGCCUGUGGCUGUGGCUGGCCCUGGUGGUAGUUCUAGCCGGCCUCCUCGCCCUCCUAGCCAGCUUGUUGCUGCAGCCAGUGGUGGACGCAGCGCCCGUGGGGACAGGUGACUCCUGGGUGACCAUUCAGCAAUUCUUGUGGCCAUACACGGGCCUGAGGCACAACGGACAGCCACCAGUUUAGAUGGGGGGGGGGGGGGGGGCGUGGCGGUUAUGGACGUACGGUCAACCACUGGAAGGUCGUCUUCUCAUGCAACCACCACGUGUUUACACUAGCUAGUUAGUGAGCGAGCACUUGAAUACAGCCGAGGUUGAGUCCGCUGGUACUGGCCAGUGCAGCAACACUAUCUGAACACCACAGCUGAGGAGAGCCCAGAGAAACCCCACUGCCGUCACCAGAUUGCUGUUGGAGGUUGCAUACAUGGGCACCAAGGCUGGCCAGUUAAGGAAAAGGAGUACACCAGCUUCGGCCGGACCAAUCUUGUAAUGGACUUCUGCGCAUGCUAUCUAUUUGUUGCCCAUUUUUAGAGUUUUUAUUGGCCUGUUUACCCAUGGACAUGAACAUAACUUUUUUUUAAUCUUAAAAUGGCGCUUGCAGUCGCCUUAUAAUAAAGAUGUGACCGUUUAAGGAUUAUUUAGCAUAUAUAUUUUCAGUUGGAAAUUACAUUUACUGAACAUUGGUAACCUUGACAUGUUUUUUAUGAUUUUACUGUUUCACAGCAUUAUAUUGCGUGGGGAAAUGUGAAUAUUUGUUAUACAACAGGACUUUGUUUUGUAUUAACCAGAGUUGACUGCCAACUCACUCACUCACACACACACACACACACACACACACACACACGUUUCUUCUACUUUCUCAAGUUAUUGCUGUGUUGUUCACCGUUACAUUCAUACACUUUUGUAUGUUCCAAAGAGGUGGAGUGAAACUUUGCACAAUAAAGUAACUUUAUUCAACGGAAA